UGGCGUGGCUUUUAAAAACGCCGCCCGAAAUUCAAGCGUCGCGCACAGCCGCGGGGUUUUGUCUUUCUCCCAUCCACCUUCCCGUUACGCUCGGCUGCUCUGUUCCAUCGCUCGCGAAUCUGGAAUCGGACGGGCUCCCGCUAGUGCUUUCCAAGUUUUAUUUUUCGGGAGUUCGUGAAUUAGUUUUGGCAUCAUUGACAGCACUCGGCUGAAGGUCGUAGCACUCGUGUAAAAUAGAGUGAGGAGAUGGAAUUGGAGGAAUCUCCCUACAGAGAGAAGCGAGGUGUGGGAGACGGUGAUUCUGAGGAAAUUGGUGGGCAUAAGUCUAGAGAAUCGAGUAAGCAUAGGAAUAAGGAUCGGAAAAAGAGAGGUCACCAAGAAGAGAAGGAUCAAGGGAACAAAGUAAAAGGUAAAGAAGCAAAAGACGAUAGACUCUCAAGCAGGGAUCGGAGGAAGGAUGAUAGAGAUGAGCGUGAGAAGGAUAGGAGGAAGGAAGAUGGAGAGGAGUACGAGAAGGAUAGGAGCAGGAUUACUAAGGGCAGAGAGAAAGAAAGAGAUUAUGAACAGCGUGACAAACGUAGAGACCAGGAGAAGGAGCGGGAGCAGGAGCGAGAACACGAGAGGGAAAAAGAUCGAAAGGAUAGACGGAAGGAUCGUGAGGUAGAAAAGGAGAGUGAUGACAAAGAGAAGGGGAAGGAGAAGAGUAGCAGGGAGAAAGAAAGAGAAAGGGAAAAGGAGAAGCCAAAGGAGAAAGAGAGAGAAAAAUAUAGAGACAAAUGGAGAGAAAAGGAGAAGGACAGGAUGACAGAUGAAGCAAAGGAGAAGAGCAAUAGGAAGAGGGAUAGGGAGGAAGAUCACAACAGAGACGGGUCAAGAGAUAAAGAAAGGGUAAUCAGGAAGGGGGAUGCACGCGAUUAUGAUAGGAUCAAGGAUAAUAGAGUGGAAUUUGACAUUGCUGAAGAAAAGGAAGAUGUUGGGCAUGGGCAAGAUCCCGAUAGUGCUUCGGAUGGAACUAGGUUGUCCACCUCCAAACUACAAGACCGCAUCUCAAAAGCAAAAGAAGGGAGACUGAAAAGACAGCCCGAGUCUGAGGGUGCUUCUGAGAUGUUGGCAUGGGUUAAUAGGAGUCGUAAGCUUGAACACAAAAGGAAUGAAGAAAAGGAGAAAGUCCUGCAGCUAUCAAAAGUAUUUGAGGAGCAGGAUGAUAUUGGUCAUGGAGAGAGCGAAGAUGAGCAGGAAGUUCCCAGAAAUGCUCAUGAUCUAGUGGGGGUGAAAGUACUUCACGGACUUGAUAAGGUUAUUGAAGGUGGGGCAGUUGUUUUGACACUCAAAGAUCAGAACAUACUUGCAAAUGGAGACAUCAAUGAAGAAGUUGAUAUGCUUGAGAAUGCGGAAAUUGGAGAGCAGAAACAGAGGGAUGAAGCUUACAAAGCUGCCAAGAAGAAAACUGGAAUCUAUGAUGACAAAUUCAGUGAUGACCCUGCAUCGGAGAAGAAAAUGCUUCCACAAUAUGACGACCCGGCUCAAGAUGAGGGGGUCACUCUCAACUCGAGUGGACAUUUGACCAAUGAAGCUGAAAAGAAAUUGGAAGAGCUAAGAAGGAGGCUACAGGGUGCUUCUUCAAGUAGUCAUUAUGAAGAUCUCACCUCAUCUGCCAAGACCUCGUCCAAUUAUUACACUCAAGAAGAAAUGCUUCGAUUCAGAAAGCCCAAGAAAAAGAAAUCGUCAUGGAGGAAAGAAAAGUUGGACUUAGAUGCCCUUGAAGCGGAAGCAGUUUCGGCAGGGCUGGCUGCUGGAGAUCUUGGAUCACGUAAGGAUGGGAGGAGGCAGGCUAGCAGAGAGGAACAAGAGAAAAUCGAGGCUGAGAUGAGAAAGAAUGCCUUCCAAUUGGCCUAUGCUAAAGCAGAGGAGGCAUCUAGGUUACUGCGGGUGGAGCAAACUCUUCCUGUUAAGACGGAGAAUGACGAAAACAUGGUCAUUGCUGACGACGAUGAAGAUCUUUAUAAAUCUUUAGAAGCUAGGAAAUUGGCUCUAAAGAAGCAAGAAGAGAAGGGGGCUUCUGGUCCUAAAGCGAUAGCUCUUCGUGCCAGUAGUAUUCCCAGCACACACAAUGCAGAAAAUCAGAGUGUCACGACUGGAGAAUCACAGGAAAGCAGGGUUGUCAUGACAGAAAUAGAAGGUUUUGUUUCAGGCCUCGAGGUUGAUGAAGUUUCUCGUAAGCCUGACACAGAAGAUGUCUUCAUGGAUGAAGACGAAGCACCAGUAACAUCCGGUAAUGAAGUAAAAGAUGAGCCCGGAGGCUGGACAGAAUUUAAAGAAUUUGGUAAUGAUGAAGGUCCAGUUAAUGAGGAUAAGGAGGAAGUUGUUCCGGAUGAGACAAUUCAUGAAGCUGCAGUGGGGAAAGGGCUGUCAGGUGCUUUAAAGCUGCUCAAGGAACGGGGAACACUUAAAGAAACUGUUGAUGAGCGGGGUGGUAGAAACAUGGAUAAGAAGAAAAGCAAGCUCGUAGGCAUUGCAGAUGAUGGACAGAAAGAGAUCCACAUUGAAAGGAGGGAUGAAUUUGGCCGAAUAUUAACUGCAAAAGAAGAUUUCCGAUUGCUUUCCCAUAAAUUUCAUGGAAAAGGGCCUGGCAAAAGGAAGCAAGAGAAGCGCAUAAAGCAAUACCAGGAAGAAUUGAAGUUGAAGCAGAUGAAGAAUUCAGACACGCCUUUUGUUGCAGAGAGGAUGAGGGAAGCUCAAGCUCAAAUGGAGACACCUUAUCUUGUGCUUAGUGGUCAUGUUAAGCCUGGGUAUGUUUUCCUGUGUUGAAAAAUCAAGUGGCUAUUUCUUUAUUCACUGGCAAUUAAGUACAUAGCAUUUUAGAAUAACCUGACUUUAUAAGAUGUCAAUGUGGAGUGCCUUGUUCCGUGACUAAAGUGCUCGACUGUCUUUUUGCUUUGCUCCUUCAGAUUUUCUACUUAUCCUAAAUUCCUCAGAGACUGGGCUCUGUCAAGGAUACAUUUCUGUUUUCGUAUGUACAGCUGCAUAGAUCACUGCCCGGACGACUCUUUCCGGAUUAUAUUUCCCCAGACGUUUUGAGAGGAAUCUCCAGUUCCAAGACUUGUGAAUUCGUUAACUUAUAAAUCGUGGCCUAUGACCAUGCAUUA